AUCAUAACACAAGAAUAGAUUCUGUGAUCAUUGUACGUGAUUUGUUCCGUUAUAUGUUAAUCAGUUAAUAAAUAAAACGCACAUUCGUAUUGUGUACAAUAUGAUAUCAACAAUAACAUUUAGUAAAAAUAAUAUAGCUGACUUUAUGUAACGCAUUUUUUUUCUUUUGUUGAAUAUGCAUUUAAAUUUUAAUGCUCAUACCAAUUUUAUUAACGUCAUGAUUUUUUAAAAUUAAAUGAUUAAAAACCUAUCAAAUAUGAUAAUUAAUCAUACCUUGAUUGAUGUGAAUUUUUGCAAAUUGUUACAUUAAAAUUUAUAAUACCAAAAUAAUAGAAUAAUGUCGAAUGCUAAUGUGAAUGUUAACUUUGCAUGUCAACGGUGUUUUGCUCCUAUUCGAUUAGAUAGCUCGUUCAACAGUAUCAGUGAACAUGCCAUUGCUGAAUUGUCGUUGCCAAUUGUGACAUGCCCAGAAGUUGAUCUGGAAUCGCAAGCUAAACAAGUGGACCAUAUUAUACCUGGGUUUCAUUUAAAUGAUUCAUCAGGAGGGAAUAAUGGUUUCACACUUUUGGGUGAAGGAGAAACUCCAACGCUGAGCCAUCAAAUGAAAAUAGCAGCUGGUUUAUUUGACAUUGUAUCUGGAAACUCUCAAGUGAAUCAUCCUCUAUGUGAUGAAUGUACUGAUAUAUUAAUGGAUAUGAUGGAUGAAGAACUUCAACAAGCUGAGAAAGACUAUAUGGAUUAUAAUAACUAUUUGAAAGAGCUCUCUACAGAAGAACCAGAAGACAUGGACGCAUUAAACAAAGAACUAGAGGAUCUACUUAAAGAGGAGAAAAAAUUAAUGAACGAAUUAGCUAACUUACAAGAGACAGAAAAUGCUUUGGAUUGUGACAUAAAGGAAGCAGAAAAAGAAAAGGAGAGGUUAAUUAAAGAAGAAGAAAGGUAUUGGAAAGAAUAUAGUAAACAUCGUAGAGAUUGUAUUUUAAUAGACGACCAACAAAAAAGUGUUGAAUGUCAGAUUAGUUAUACAACCUCACAAUUAGCCAAAUUAAGAAAAACAAAUGUAUUUAAUGCAACAUUUCACAUAUGGCAUCACGGUCAUUUUGGCACAAUUAAUAAGUUGCGUCUCGGUAGAUUACCAUCAGCACCGGUUGAUUGGGCCGAGAUAAAUGCUGCAUGGGGUCAAGUGACUUUGCUGUUAGUUUCAUUAGCAAGGUAUAUGAAUUUAAAAUUUGAUAAAUACCGUCUUGUCCCUUACGGAAACCAUUCAUAUGUUGAGGUACUGGGCGAAAAGAAAACAUUGCCUUUGUAUGGCCAAGGAGGUAUACGUUUUGUAUGGAAUACGAAAUUUGACUUGGCCAUGGUUGCAUUUUUAGAUUGUCUUCAACAGUUUAAAGAAGAAGUAGAAAAAGGCAACUCGGGAUUCCAUUUACCUUAUCGAAUGGAAAAAGGAAAAAUUGAAGACUCUGCCACUGGAAAUACAUACAACAUUCGAAUACAGCUUAAUUCUGAAGAAGGUUGGACGAAAGCACUGAAAUUUAUGUUAACCAAUUUAAAAUGGGGUCUAGCUUGGGUCUCUGCAAAAAUAAACAAUGAAAUGUAGAAUAUAAGAUGUGUUGUAAAAUAAAAACUAAAGAAUUAUACAUAUUACUAUUAUAUA